AUUCACACCAUUGGGAAAAAAAUGACAGACAAUGGUGAUCCAGGAAUAGCGACAACCGCCGGAGCUGAAAGAAAACUGAACGAUCGAAAGUUUUCCUGGACCAAUCUCCACCGUGGGGACUCCUUCAACCUGGAAGCCGGUAGAGUCUCUUCUGCUCCGAACCACCACGCCUCACAUGUAGAUUGGGGUAAGACGUUGAGUUUGGCAUUCCAGAGUAUCGGAGUGGUGUAUGGAGACAUCGGAACAUCUCCCCUCUAUGUGUUUUCUAGCACUUUUACUGAUGGAAUCAAACAUGUGGAAGACGUUCUUGGGGUUCUCUCCCUCGUAAUCUACACCAUCGUGCUUAUACCCUUCAUCAAGUACACAUUUCUCGUCCUGUGUGCCAACGACAACGGCGAAGGAGGAACGUUCGCCCUGUACUCGUUGCUAAGCCAGUAUGAGAGGAUCAGCUUGGUUCCGAAUCAACAACCGGAGGACAGUGAGGUUUUUCUUUUCCUUGUCACCAUCCUCGGGGCUUCUAUGGUGAUCGGAGACGGGAUUCUCACCCCAAGCAUAUCAGUUCUCUCUGCAGUGGGUGGCAUCUCCUCCCUCAGUACUGAUGCCGUGGUGGGAAUUUCAGUAGCAAUUCUGAUCGGCCUUUUUCUCUUCCAGCGGUUUGGGACAGAUAAAGUUGGAUUUUCAUUUGCACUCAUUAUCUCUGUUUGGUUUGCAUUCCUAACUGGUAUAGGAUGGAUUUCUCUUGGUGGAGUGAUUCUUUGCAUCACAGGAACGGAAGCCAUGUUUGCUGAUCUAGGUCACUUCAAUGUCCGAGCAAUUCAAAUUAGCUUUUCUACAAUUGUAUUGCCAUCAAUAGUAAUUGCACAUACAGGACAAGCUGCGUAUCUCACCAAAUACCCUGAACACUUUGACAAGACGUUCUACAAAUCAAUUCCAGGUCCACUAUAUUUGCCACAAUUUGUAGUAGCUGUUUUGGCUGCUAUCAUUGCCAGCCAAGCUAUGAUAUCUGGAACAUUUUCGAUCAUAUCUCAGUCCUUAAGUCUUGGGUGUUUCCCAAAAGUUAAGGUAAUCCAUACCUCUGCUAAGUAUGAAGGACAGGUUUAUAUACCUGAGAUCAACUACAUGCUCAUGGUUGCCUGCGUUAUAGUCACUGCUGCAUUCAAAACCACGACAAAGAUCGGCAAUGCAUAUGGUAAGCUGAAAAAUUGAGUACUAAUUAAAAAUUCCUUUUGAGAAACAGAAAUUAAUUACUUAUCUUUCUUUUGGCUAUAGGAAUUGCUGUUGUUGCUGUUAUGUUUGUCACUACAUACAUGCUUACUCUUAUAAUGCUGGUUAUAUGGAAGAUAAGCAUAUGGUGGAUUGCUCUCUUUUUUCUGAUUUUUGGGUCAAUUGAAAUUAUAUAUUUCUCCUCUGUCUUGUAUAAGUUUGUAGAGGGCGGCUACCUUCCCCUGGUCUUUGCCCUUGUCUU